UAACUGGCUUCCACGUACCUCCCAAGGGCAAACUACAUAAUGGCAGUAAGUGGGGCCCUGGGAGGGGAGUUGUCAUGGUAACACCCAGCCAGUCCUGGGCAGCAGCACUUAACCCCUUGUGAGGCAGAAACAGUUUCCCAGCAGAUCCCCGGGCAGCUGCACUUGGCAAGACUUUAUUUUGCGCUAUUAACUCCUGCCGUGCCAGCGGGGGCAGGGGAGCUGCGCAUCUCUUAUCCCCAUUGACACACCCUUUGCUGCCCGAGAGCCGGAGUCCAGUUGCUGCCGAUGCCCGCGUGUGACCUGGCGACUGGGUCAGCCCUGCUCCUGCCUGUGACCGGCUCUGUGCGACUCUGCUGCCUCCGUGCGGCGCUUUGUGGGAAGUGCAGCUCAGCUUCUCCCGUGGGCUCCACAACACGCGCACAUUCUCUCACUCUGCUCCAGCCGUGUCUCUGCCAGCCAACACCUGUCCGGCUCAGAUGCUGCCAUGCCGUUUGGGUGCAUCAGGAAUGAGAAAACCUACAACUGCUUCUCUGAUAUCGCAGACAAAUAUGAGAUUGGGCAGCUCCUGUGCACGAAGGAAUUCUGUGAGAUCUGCCUGGCGCGGGAGAUACAGACUGACCGACUCUUCAUCUGUAAGAAAUUCCUCAAGAAGGACGGGCGCAAGGUGCGCAGAGCCGCCAAGAAUGAGAUCCUGAUCCUGAAAAUGGUGAAUCACCCCAACAUCUUGCAGCUGAUUGACACAUUUGAAACCAAGAAAGAAUUCUACAUCAUACAAGAACUGGCCACAGGUGGAGAUGUGUUUGACUGGAUCCUGGAGCAGGGAUAUUACUCUGAGAAAGAUGCCAGUAAUGUCAUCCGGCAAGUCCUAGAAGCUGUAUCCUACCUGCACAGCCUGCAUAUUGUGCACCGAAAUCUCAAGCUGGAGAAUUUGAUGUAUUAUAAUCAGAAUAAUCCCUCAAAAGUGGUUCUGCGAGAUUUCUAUCUGUCAUGCUUCGAAAGUGCGGAAAUCACAGAGCCUUGUGGGACCCCCGAGUACCUGGCCCCGGAGGUGGUAUUGAGACACAGAUAUGGGCGCCCGGUGGACUGCUGGGCAGUUGGAGUUGUGAUGUACAUACUUCUCUCAGGAAACCCCCCCUUUUAUGAUGAGAACGAAGAAGAAAACAGUGAGAAUCACAACAGGAAAAUCUUCCGUAAGAUUCUGGCCGGGGAGUAUGAAUUUGAUUCCCCCUACUGGGACGUCAUCUCUGCCCCAGCAAAGGACCUUGUGUCGCGGCUCAUGGAGUUGGAUCAGGAGCAGCGAAUCACAGCACAGGAUGCCCUCAGCCACACCUGGAUAUCAGGGAAUGCCGCAUCAGAACGGAACCUGAAGGAGGGAGUCUGUGCCCAGAUUGAGAAGAACUUUGCCAAAGCCAAGUGGAGAAAAGCCAUACGUGUUACCACCUUCAUGCAGCGACUGAAAGCCCCAGAAGGUGCCAGCGGUCGUCUCCCCGUCACCCCCCGUUCCUCCAUGAGCGUGUCCCAUGAGGUGAUGGUGGAGGCCAGCUCUUCUUCCCACACUCCUUCCCCUUCUCAUCACUCGCCCUGCAGAGAUGACAGUAACCCAAACUGUCGUUCUGACCCAUGUGAUAGUUUGGAGCCCCACACUGAGCAGCCAAAGCAGGGGGGCCCUUGUGCCCCUUCAUCAUCCUCCCUCCCCUAGAGGGGAAAGAGCUGCACAAAGGACAAACGUCUUCCCCAGCCCCCUACAGACUAAUUUAGGCCCCAUGCAGGGCCCUGCUGGACAUUCCCCAUGGGCAAAGGAGAGCAGGUAGGGCAUUCAGGUACCCCAAGGGUUUCAUUAGAUCGGAAAGGAUGCAACUGGGGUGGGGGCUACCCAGGUCCUUAUUUAGGGACCUGCAUCACAUUCCAGACAAUUCCCCCUUGCCCCAUCUCUUCCUGUUUCCCAGGGGAGGGGAACAAUUCUAAGAUUUGACUCAGGGUGGGUGACUCUGCACAUUGCAACUGCAUGUUUUCACAUUAUGCUCUCAACUGCCACAGGCUGGACCCCAAAGCAGUGACAGGCUGAACCCUAAUAAAGGCAAAGUACCACGCUA